GACCCGGCAGCCUCAUGCCCGUCUUCGGAUCCACGCACCAGCACUUCCCCCGGUGGCCGUCACGAGCAGGAUGGCACUGUGGGCACAGAGCAGGAAGGAUGUUUUUCACCUGGUGACRUGGAUAACAAGCUCCAGCCUGGUUAGCGGACACCGCCCCGAUGGAKCCCAGGAGACGGAACUCCGACACGGCGACAGCCACACCGCCGUCCGGCGGUCCUCUGCAUCCGGUGAGCCCCCUGCUGCGCUUUGAUGUGGGGAAGGGGGGACCACGCAGCGGUCCACGCCUGGACCCGGUUCUGUGUGUGCGUCACAGUAAACUGAGCACCGACACGCAGCUCCCACUGGACCCGCGAGACGUUCCAGAACUGGAGGAGUGAUGUCAGAGGAGCAGGACGGACACUUCAGCAGCAGAGGAGAGGGACGUCCAUGAAAGAGCACCAGAUCAGGAUCAGAAGAACCAGAUACUGGAUCCUUCGUAAGGUGGGUCAGACUCAGAGAGGAUGAGGAGCUUCAUCUGAUCUGGACCUUCUGGAGGKUUUCCAGGCACUGAACUGAGACCUCGGGGCAGACCCAGAACUCUCUGGUCUGAGAGCACCGUGGGGUGCCACGGGAGGAGCUGGACAGGGAGGUCUUCUCUCCUGGAAACUCAGAUAAUCUGUAAAAGUAGAACUUAGAAAUGAUUAUUUUUACAUUCUGUUGUGAAUAAAAUCUGUUUUCUGAUGUUUUCCGAUCAUUUCAUUCAGUUUUUAUUGGUUUUUAUCUCCUGAGCUGCAGUUGGUGUGGAUUAGAUGUGGCGGCCAUCUUGAAUUCAUCCAGCGUUUGAUCAAACCUGUCCAYCCCAGGUUCACGAGAUGUUUCCCUAACCCAGCAGAUGGUCAGAAAGCUGUGAGAAAAGUUCUGAAAGGUUCUGGACUCUGAAGCAGCUCUGCGGUUUGUCCACAAGAUGGAGUUCUGGUUCCUCAAACCCAAACCAGUCAGGAAACGUCUUCGUUGCUCCACCUCGUUCAGAAUGAGUUCCUGUUCCUUUAAGGGAUCUCUCCAGUCGUCACGCUGAUCCAUAUUCAGAGUCCAGUGGUGAAGAGUUGGGAUAGUGGUUCAAUUCUCUGGGUGCUGAGCAGAUGCCAGAACUCGUCAUGAACGCAGACAGGCAUCCUGACGUCCCCGAUGGAGAGAGGAUGGAAACCUGCCAGGAAGAUGCAGAGGUGAAAACAUCGCAGGAGGAAGAGGAGAGGGAGGAGGGCUCCGCCGCUGUGAAUGGACAGCAGUGCAACGCCGUCACGGAGACACGUCUGAUAAAGAUCGAGGCCGAGGAGACGGAUGACAACCAGCGCUACGAGGCGGCGGACAAAGACGAGGCCGACGGCGGCAGCGAGGACGGGAUGGAGGAGUCGUUCGAGGAGGAGCGGCCGGAGGACGAGGACGCCCUGAACGAGCCGCAGGACCUGUCGCUCGCYGACUACUCCCGCUACGACGGCGCCGAGCUGCGGGACGCGGCGGCGGAGGAGGCGGGGGAAGGGAGCUUCGCAGCCGGAGGCACGGCCCCCCGCCUGCAGACGUCGGGAAAGUUCAGCUGCGACAUCUGCGGUCUGUCCUGCAUCAGCAUCAACGUGCUGCUGGUGCACAAGCGCAGCCACACGGUCGAGAAGCCGUUCAAGUGCAACCACUGCAGUCGCAGCUACAAACAGCGCAGCUCGCUGGAGGAGCACAGAGAGAGGUGCCACGUCUACAUUCAGAGCAAAGGUCCUGCCAACAGAGAGGACAGCCACACGUCCAGGUCUCAGAUGGGCUCGGAGCGAGCGCUGCUUCUCGACCGGCUCGCCAGCAACGUCGCCAAGAGGAAAAGUUCCAUGCCGCAGAAGUUCACGGGGGACAAYGGGGUCUGUCUGGACCUGAGCUUCAACAGGGAGCUGUUGCACCGGCCUGAAGUGAAGGACCACCCCCCGGGCUCGCCCGGUCCUGAUGGACCCCAUCAGCAGUCGGUCCUCAUGGGUCCAGACGGCGACCCGCCCUCCUCUCACAGGCCGUACCCCGUCCCGUUGAACCGCGCCAACAUCAGCCCCGCGGACCUCGCCAACGGCCAGAAGAUCCCCAUCCUGGGCCUGCACGCCGCCCAGCCCCCCCUGGGCCUGGACUCCUUCCACCCCGACGGCCCCCCGAUGUCCCAGCCUGUGGUCUACAGCCUGGGCCACCUGCUGGGGGGCCUGAACCACCAGAACGGUGUCCCCCACCCGCACGCCCAGCCCAUCCCACUGUCGCCCCUGGAGGCCCUGCGGGUGAUGCGGGCGGACGGGGAGGCGGGGGCGCUGCCCGGCGCCGUGUACCCCUGCAGCCACUGCCGGGUCAUCUUCCUGGACUACGUCAUGUUCACCAUCCACAUGGGCUGCCACGGCUUCAGAGACCCGCUGGAGUGCAACGUGUGUGGGCACCGCAGCCGCGACCGCUACGAGUUCUCCUCCCACAUAGCCCGCGGCGAGCACCGCGUGGAGCUGAAGUAGAGCGCCACACGCAGCGUUACAAGGACGGGCAGGCCGAGUCAUACAGGGGGCACCAGUCAUACAGGGGGGUACCAGUCAUACGGGGGGGCACC